AUGACUGAGGGUAUAAGUGCGAUACCAAUGGAAGAAUCAUCUGGCAUAAAGCUUGAUCCAAUAGAAGAACAAAUUUUAAUGGAUCAAAUCAGUUUUACCGAAGGAAAAGAAUCAUAUACUACUUUAUAUCGAUUCGCUACCAAAUUUGACUGGAUAAUAAUGUUUAUUGGAUUAGUAUUUUCAGCGGCUGCAGGUGCUACCUCGCCUGUAUUAACAGUCCUUUACGGAAUAAUAGUCGAUUAUUAUACCGAGUUUCAAACUCAUACGAUAAGUACCAAUGAGUUUUCCAAAGAAAUAAAUUACUUUACGUUAGUUUCUGUAUAUUUCGGAAUUGCCAUGUUUAUUGCUACGUACAUAUCCGUGGCUGCCUGGGUAUAUACUGGUGAAAGAAUCGCACGACAAAUCCGUGAACGAUAUUUUCGCGCAAUUCUUAGACAAAAUAUGGCUUAUUUUGACAAAUAUGGCACAGGAGAAGUUACUACUCGUAUCACAUCUGAUAUACAUUUGAUACAAGAUGGUAUCAGCGAAAAAGUCACUCUCGCUUUUCAAAAUAUUGUACAAUUUAUUGCAUCACUCAUUAUUGCGCUUACUAUAAGUUGGAAAAUGACUCUCGUGAUUGGCUACUUAAUCCCUUUUCUUACUAUCAAUAGUUGUUUAAUGAAUAAAUUUGGCACUAGUUUUACGAAAAGAAGUUUGGAUUUUUAUUCUCAGGCAGGAAUAAUCGCUGAAGAAGCCAUUUCAACCAUUAGAACUGCUGUGGCAUUUGGUACUCAAAAUGAACUCUCUAAGCUUUAUGAUGCUUACUUAAUUGGUGCGAGAAAAGAAGGGUUUAAAAAAUCUUUGUUUAAUGGUUUUGCUAUUGGCAUCAUGCACUUUGGCAUCGUUGCAACUCAUGGUUUAGCAUUCUGGUUUGCUUCCACAUUGAUUAUUAAUCAAGAAUUAUCUUCUGGACAAGUCAUCAAUUUAUUCUUAACGUUUUUAUAUGGCACUUUUUGCCUUACUUAUUUUUUUGUCGACAUUCAAGCUCUUAGUCUUGCUGCUGGUGCUGGUUUAAAAAUAUUUGGAACUAUUGAUCGUGUUCCCUCGAUUGACAUUGCUUCUGAUACCGGAGAUAAGCCUGAAAAUGUUGUGGGUUACAUUCAAUUUAAAAAUAUAAAUUUCGUUUAUCCGACUCGCCCUGAUGUUAAAACAUUGAAUGAUAUAUCAUUUGAUGUUGAACCUGGUUCUAUUGUUGCUUUUGUUGGUUCUUCGGGUUCUGGUAAAAGUACAAUUAUAUCUCUCAUACUUCGCUUCUAUGAUCCUAUCUUUGGUGGUGUAUUUCUUGACGGACGUGAUAUCAAAUCUCUUAAUUUAACUUGGCUUAGAAGACAAAUAAGUCUUGUAAAUCAAGAGCCUGUACUUUUUAAUACUACUAUAGCUGAAAAUGUAUCUUAUGGAUUGGUCAGUUCCAUUUAUGAAAAUUUAUCCGAUAAUGCAAAACGUGAAAUGAUUGAAAAUGCCUGUAAGAUGGCCAAUGCUCACGAUUUUAUUAUAAAUCUUCCUGAUAAAUAUGAAACUGUGGUUGGUGAACGUGGAAUUUUAUUAUCUGGUGGUCAAAAACAACGUAUAGCUAUUGCUCGUGCUAUUAUUAAAGCUCCAAAAAUUUUGUUACUCGAUGAAGCUACUAGUGCUCUUGAUUCACAAAGCGAAGGUAUCGUCCAAAACGCGUUAAGUAAAACCUCAAAGAGUCGUACGACGAUAAUUAUUGCCCAUCGUUUAUCCACUAUUCGGAAUGCGACAAAGAUUAUUGUGAUGAAUAAGGGUGUUGUUGUAGAAUCGGGUACACACAAAGAGCUCAUAUACAAAAAAGGUUUUUAUUCUAAACUUGUUGAACUUCAACAGAUUCAACAGUCUUUAGAAGCUGAAGAAAACCUUAAUAGAUUGAAUUCAUUUAUAACUCCAAUAAAAAAUGAUAUUACUGAAUCAUUCACUAUCAAGGAUGAAGAUCACCAAAUUAUUCAUGUGUUGCCUUUAUUGUCUUCUCAUUUUAAUCGAAAAUCUGAUGUUGAAACUGGAUUAGAUCAUGAUCAUUUUACUGCUUGGGAAUUAAUCAAGAAGGUAACAUUCAUCAAUAAACCUGAAAUUCUUACGCUUUCCAUAGGUAUAGUAGCAUCAAUAAUUUGUGGUUGCAUUUACACGGUUUCUGCUGUUAUAAUUGCCAAUAUUAUUCAAACAUUCUCAGAAACUGGAAAUACUUUACGUCAUGAUGCAACUUUCUGGUCUCUUAUGUUUCUUAUACUCUCUGUGAUAAACUUUUUUGCGUAUUUUACCCAAAAUGUUGCUCUCGGAUUUUCGAAUGAAAAGCUUACCGAACGCAUUCGAUCUAUGUCUUUUGCUUCUAUUUUACGACAAGAUAUUUCCUUCUUUGAUAAAGAAAAUCAUGGUGUAGGUACUUUGACUAGUCAUUUAUCAUUAGAUGUAACUCAUAUUAAUGGUUUGGCUGGUAUUAAACUUGGAAAUAUAUUACAAGUACUAGCUUUGAUUUUUGUUUCUGUCACAGUGGCUCUUAUAGUUGGUUGGAAACUCACUUUGGUCUGUUUAUGUUGUGCCCCUUUAAUGAUUGGUGCUGGCUCAAUACAUGUAACAAUGAUAAGUGGUUUCCAUCAAAAAACUAAGAAGGCUUAUGAAUAUUCUGCACAAAUAGUUUGUGAAGGUGUUGACAAUAUUCGAACGGUUGCUGCUCUUACCCUUGAAAAUGAUUUAUGGAAAAUAUAUCAUAACUUAUUAGAUGAACCCAUGCGCCAAGGUGUUAAAAAUGCUUUAUUGGGAUCCAUUACCUUUGCUUUCUCAAAUAGUAUGUAUCUUUUUGUAGAUUCUUUAACAUUUUGGUAUGGUAGUAAAUUGUUUAUGAACGAUGAAUAUGAUCUCCUAAAAAUGUUUACGGUUCAUAACACCAUUAUAAUGGGAUCAUCAUUUGCUGGUCGUACCCUUGCUUAUGCUCCAGAUAUGGCCAAAGCAAAAUUUGCAUCUGCCACCAUAAUAUCAUUAUUAGAACGUGUUCCUAUAAUUGAUACAUGGUGUCAAAGUGGUGAAAAGUUUAAAACUGUCCAAGGUCAUCUUAAAUUCUCUGAUGUCCAUUUCUAUUAUCCAUCUCGAUCUAGCGUCCCAGUUCUUAGAGGUUUAAAUUUAGAUGUUAAACCCGGUCAAUACGCGGCAUUAGUUGGUCCAUCAGGAUGUGGUAAAAGUACUAUAAUAAGUCUUAUUGAAAGAUUUUAUCAAGUGACAAGUGGUACAAUUACAAUUGAUGGAUUGGAUAUUGCUAAAAUGAAUGUAAACAAUCUUCGAGAACACAUUGCUCUUGUAAGUCAAGAACCAUCAUUGUAUGAUAUGACUAUAAAGGAAAAUCUUCUUCUCGGUUGCCGACCUGGACAAAAUAUUACUCAAAAUGAUAUAGAAAAGGCAUGUCUAGAAGCAAAUAUUCAUGAAUUUGUUGUUAGGUUACCUGAUGGUUAUGAUACAUGUAUUGGUAGAAAAGGAAUGCAACUUUCUGGCGGUCAAAAGCAACGAGUUGCUAUUGCCAGGGCACUUAUUCGAGACCCAAAAAUUUUAUUACUUGAUGAAGCAACUUCAGCCUUGGACUCAGAAUCAGAAAAGUUUGUACAAAAAGCUCUUGAUGUUGCUGCUCGUGGGAGAACAACCUUAGCAAUUGCACAUAGAUUAUCAACAAUUCAACAUGCUGACAUCAUAUUUGUUAUAAAAGAUGGUAAAGUUCAUGAACAAGGCACACAUCAAGAAUUAUUAAAACUACAGGGAAUUUAUUAUAUGAUGAUACAAGAACAACACUUGGGAGAAUUUAAUUCAUAG